AUGGAUGAAGUGCGCGAAAAGAUGAAGAAUUUUUUAAUUAAUGCCAGCGCAAGUGGCAUCGAGCUAAACAACUUCCUCGCCCACCGGACGGUUCCGGUCGGCCGCGGUGCCGAUGGGAGUGUCGUCGUGGAACCGUUGGCCAAAUUUGUGACCCUUCGCCUCUGGUUCCCCGGUACCACCACCACGGUUGGGGGGCAUCUCCGGAAGCGGCUGGCCGCAAGCCCACUGUCGGCCGCGCUUUCAACGAUCCUGUUGGCGCUGCUGCUGGCCAUCGCAACGGUCACCAUCGUCGGUGGAGGACGCAGCCGGCGGUUGCUGCACCAGCUUUCGUCAUUUGCAAAUGAAGAUUGCAUCGUAACCAUGCCGGCCGAGCUGCAAAAAGCCUUCCGUCCACCGGAAGAUUGCAGUUUCUGCGCCUCGGUACGCACCGUACCACGGCUGGCGCGCGUCAAUCCCGACGAGUUUGCGGCCAACUACGCGUACACCGGACGGCCCGUCAUCGUGACGGAUGCCACCGUCAACUGGACGGCACUGGAACGCUUCGACUACUGGUUCUUCAAGCGGCUCUACGAAACAUAUGGCACCGGACCGAGGGCGGAAAACUGUCAGUUUUUCCCGUACCAAACGGGACUGCGCACGAUCCAGCAGGCGCUCUCGCUAUCACCGGACCGCGUACGCUACGAACCAGGCACCGAACCGUGGUACUUUGGCUGGAGCAACUGUGAUCCGGCCAUCGUGCGGGAGCUGCGGGAACAUUACGGGCGGCCCUACUUUUUGCCACCCGAUUCCGAGAACAACGCGAUCGAUUGGGUCUUCAUGGGUGGGCCGGGGCUCGGUGCACACAUGCAUGUAGACAAUGUUCGGCUUCCCUCGUGGCAAUCGCAGCUAAAGGGUGCCAAGGAAUGGAUCCUAGCUCCACCACCCGAGUGUCUGUAUCAGUGCGAGUUCCUUUCGGUUGUUGUACAAACCGGGGAAACGAUUGUGUUGGACACCAACAAAUGGUAUCACAAAACGAAUGUCCUGCCCGGACCGAUCAGUAUCACCGUUGGGGCGGAGUACGAUUAAGCGCAUCCACCUUGAUCUCUACCAAAAAGCAAAAAC